AUGUAUAAAAGCAGUUUUCUACAUGGUAUCAGAGCUCAAGUUCUGAAACCUGAAAGUCUUGAAAAGUCUCCAUUUUCUGCUCUGAAAACCUCAUUUUCUGCUCUGCAAUUNGGUGUUUUGCCUAAGACUCUGUAUUUGUGGGGGUGUUUCCCAUUCCAAUUGGGGUUGAAUUCAAUCCCUACAUUGACCCAUUUGGCCCCUCUUAGCAUAUUUGCGGAUGUGGUGGAUUUGGGGGCUAUGGGGGUGGUGAUGGUUGAGGAUGUGUUGGUGUAUUUGAAGAAUAGGCCUGUUUUGCAUACAUUUGGUGGGUUGAGUGUUUUCUUCUAUGGAUUUGGUGUGGCGGUGUAUGCGUUUGAAGGGAUAGGAAUGGUUUUACCCUUGGAAUCAGAGAUGAGGGAAAAGUCCAAGUUUGGGACUACCCUUGGCCUCACAAUGGGGUUCAUAUCGUUGAUGUUUGGCGGGUUUGGGGCGUUGGGGUACUUUGCGUUCGGGGAAGAAACGCAGGACAUCAUCACGACCAAUUUCGGGCAGGGGCUGCUCAGCUGCAUAGUCCAAAUCGGGCUGUGCAUCAACCUGUUUUUUACGUUCCCGGCAAUGAUGAACCCGGUUUAUGAAGUGAUGGAGAGGCGGUUGUGUGAAGGGAAGUAUAGCUUGUUGGUGAGAUGGGGGAUGGUGUUGGGUGUGAGCUUGGUGGCAUUGUUGGUGCCUAACUUUGCCGAUUUCCUGUCGCUCGUGGGGAGCAGUGUGUGUGUGGUUUUAGGAUUUGUGUUGCCUGCAAUGUUUCACCUGAUUGUGCACAAGGAAGAAUUGGGGGUUCUUGGUUUUGCUUGUGAUGGAGUGAUCAUUGUUUUGGGAAUAGUUUUUGCUGUCUAUGGAACCUGGUCUUCCCUGGUAGUGAUCUUUGGAACUAGUGCUUAAUAGCACACACACUCUCUCUCACUCUCAGAGAGAGUAAUAAUAGACAACUCCUUUUGCUCCAGUUUUCUUGCCUUCCAUUUUAUGUUUAAUAUAAUUUGGAAAUGUAUAAAAGCAGGUGUCUCCUUUUCUUGGCAUAAAAUACUGUAAACUGUGUGUGGAGUUAUAAUUGUGUUGUAGGACAGGAUAUGUAAUGUUAGAGUGCAUUUGGUUUAUGAGUUUACACGAGGAACAAGAAUCAAAAUCAUAGUUAAUGUUUGGUUGACAACUUUUUAAAACACAACUAUGGGAUUUGAUUACUCAUUCAAUUAAAAAUUUCAUUCUCUAAUUAAAAACGGGUAUCAUUCUAUCUUAUUGUUGAAAUAUUAAAUAUAUCUGCCUUGGGCAGUCCACAUCUUUGACUUCUUGGGCAGACUUCUUGAGCAGUGCAGUGUAGUGUCUACCUAGAGCAGUGUAGUUUUAUUAUGUCUCUUGUGUGUAUAUAUAUUAGUGUGUAUAUCUGAAAUAAUAGAGUGUAGAGAGUAGAAACAUCUUGUAAUCUUUGUAUAGAUCAGAAAUAUAAAUCAGAAACUUUUCUUUCAGUUCUGAA